AAAAAAGCAGUAACUGUAAGAAAUGAAGAAACCAGAGCUUUCCAUCCCCAUUCCAACUACCAUUCCAUUCUUCGAUCAGAAAAUAUACAACCCAAAACGUCGAUCAACUAAGAGAAUAAGAGCUAGAAACAGAGAUUCAAAUAUGGGUUUCUUCAUUAACCAAAGCUUUAUUGUUUUACUCUCAAUUUCACUCCUAAUUGUAUCCCCUUCACCAGUUUUAGCCUCAGAAAACGCCGUCGUUUCUGACAGCACCACGGCCUAUGAAUUCAUCAAUAGCUUCGGCUUUCCCACUGGAAUUCUUCCCAUAGGUGUGGUGGGUUACGAUUAUGAUCCCUCUACUGGAAAAUUCGCUGCCUAUUUUGAUGGCACCUGUAGCUUUUCUGUCGAAGGAUCGUAUCAGUUGAAAUAUAAAUCCGCCAUUAAUGGUUAUAUUUCAAUGGGAGAGCUCACGAGAUUAGAGGGUGUUAGCGUAAAGUUGUUUUGGUUUUGGAUUGAUAUCGUGGAAGUCAAACGAGUCGGCGAUGAUCUCGAAUUCUCGGUGGGCAUAGCCGGAGCGGGUUUCCCAGUUGAUAAUUUUGUAGAGAGCCCUCAAUGUGGGUGUGGAUUAGACUGCAUGAAUUUUAAAUUAAGGAAGCUUAAGACGAAUGUUACUCUUUCUUCUUAUUGAAACAUUACUUGCUAUAAUGUAAUUGGAAAUUUGUGAAGUUUUAUUAAAUCUAUGUGUUCGAUUACUUUUUCCAA